ACAGUUUUUUUUAAUUGUGCUACAUGACACGUGGCUGAAGCUGGUUAUCGUCUCAAUUCUCAUCCAUUCCAGAGAAGUUCCGUCCUCUUUCUUCUUUGGGCAGCAGCAAAAGCAGGUCGACUCCAACGGCCAUGGCUUUCAUGGCCCUCUCUUUCUCUUCAACUCUCUACAUCUCUCCACCACGCCCCUCUCUCAUUGCUUUGCACCUUCCUCCUCACCAUUUUCCAACUCUCUCUCCAAAGCUGAGAAUUAGAAUCCAAUGCGCUACCAAAGACAACAAGGAAGCAACCCCGCCUACUGCAGCAUCAUCCAGGCAGAGCUUUGAUCGCAAGAAAGGAGUGGCACUUUACAAGCCUAAGUCAUACGAUGUUCUCGUAACUGAUGCCGCUAACUCUCUCGCUUUUGCUCUUCAAGAUGGCAAAACCCGCCUCGAGAUUGAUUUCCCGCCCUUGCCAAGCAACAUUUCUUCUUAUAAGGGAUCUUCAGAUGAGUUCAUUGAUGCCAACAUUCAACUUGCCUUGGCUGUUGUCAGGAAACUCCAACAGAAAAGCAAAACUCAAGCUUGCAUAGUAUUUCCUGAUAAGCCAGAAAAACGUAGGGCCUCUCAGCUUUUCAAAGCAGCUCUUGACUCGAUUGAUGGUAUAUCUAUAGGUUCCCUUGACGAUGUCCCUAGUGAUGCUGUUACCACAUUCUUCAAAUCUAUCAAGAAUACUCUGGAUUUUGAUUUCGAAGAUGAAAAUGAAGGUCGUUGGGAAUCCAAGGAGCCACCAACUCUUUAUAUAUUUAUUAAUUGUAGCACACGUGAACUUUCUGUUAUAGAGAAGUAUGUGGAGAAAUAUGCCCAGUCAACCCCAACACUUCUAUUCAAUCUUGAACUUGACACUUUGCGUGCUGAUUUGGGUCUUCUGGGGUUUCCUACCAAAGAUUUGCACUACCGAUUUCUUUCUCAAUUCAUCCCAGUGUUCUAUAUACGAAUUAGGGAGUACUCCAAGACGGUUGCAGUAGCACCUUUUGUCGUGAAUUACAAUGGAGCACUAUUUCGUCAAUAUCCUGGACCUUGGCAGGUGAUGCUUAAGCAAGCAGAUGGUUCUUAUGCUUGUGUUGCUGAGAGUGCAACACGCUUCACACUGGGAGAGACCAAGGAAGAACUGUUGAGGGUCCUUGGAUUGCAAGAGGAAGAAGGUAGCCAACUAGAGUUCCUUCGAAGAGGCUACAAGACUUCCACUUGGUGGGAAGAGGAUGUUGAAUUGGAAGUAUCAUCCGCAUGGCGUAGUUAGUAGCCAAAUGACAUUUAACCACAAUGACACAUCUCGUAUGUAGAUGGUGAAGUUU